UACACAGAUAAUAAAAGGGGAAAGUAUUAAUAUAAAUUGUAACCUUUAUCGUCGAUUUAAAUCAUUUGACAUAUUAUCGAGUUAAAGUGAACAACAAUUAGAUUUGAUUGUUAGAAAAUCAAAAAUUAAGAUUGAACAUUUCGUUGGAACUUUUUUUUAUCUCGUCAAAGUAUCAAUCGUUUUGGCGCUUAUUUCGUAUUCGUUUUGUUUUUAUUUCAAUUUUAAAUUCUGUUUUUGUUGUUGAUUAAACUAUUGUGUUAAUUGUGUGGAAAUUGUGAUUGCUUUUGAUGGAUUCCUAUGGAUAUUUGUGGUCACAUAUCGUUCAGUUUUCCUAAUGGAAACUGGAUAUGUUAUUGGUGAUUGAUUUUCUUAUUAAUCACAUUGGUGUUUUUAUUUUGUUCUUAUGCUCAAACGGAAGCAUUAAUUUUCUCAAUGGUGUUUCUCAAUUCAGCAAACUUGUUCAUGGGAUAAUCGUUUGAAUGAGAUAUGUUAUUCUCGUUAAUUAUUUUAAUCAUAUUUGGAUCUGGUCAAUUAAUCAUGGUUUCAUGUGAUGAUGAUUGUGAAUGUGGUAUUGAAGCCGGUGCUCAAAGUCGCAUAUUCAUGGGGAAAGAGGCGACACCCAAUAAGUACCCGUGGAUGGCUCAUAUAAGAUUUAAAUUGAAUCUACAUGAUAAUCGAUAUGUUAAAUGUGGUGGAAGUUUAAUUGACAAUCAGCACGUAAUGACAGCGGCUCAUUGCAUUUUCGAUGAGUUUGGAGUUCUAAGGAAACGGAAAUUAACCGAAGUUUAUCUCGGUGCUCAUAGUAUAUCCAAAGAUUUGGACAAUAAACAUAGUGUUUCCAAAUUUAUUUACGAUAAACGUUUCGAUAUCACAGAGCGUAAACUUGAUUUUGAUUUUGCGAUUCUAAAGUUAAGUAAACCCGUUCAAUAUACGGAAGAUAUUUAUCCAAUUUGUAUUCCCGAUGCCAAUAUCAAAGAGUAUGAGAGCUUGAUUGUUACCGGUUGGGGUAAACUUUCUGAAAUCGAGGGUGCACCCGAUAAACUUAAUGAAGUUGAAGUGGAUUAUAUUGAUAAAACAAAGUGUAACAAAAUGAAUUAUGAGUUCACUUUAAGAGUUCGAGGUGUUAUCGAGACUUAUCCUGGUGAAUACGCUAGUUUGGUCACUCCGAUCCAUGAAAGUCAUAUGUGCGCCAUAGAUACAAACACCGGUGGGGGUUCUUGUAUCGGUGACUCGGGUGGACCUUUGAUGUACAAAAAUCCAGAAAAUCAUCGUUGGUACGCUGUAGGUUUGGUUUCUGGGGGAUAUGGUGUUUGUGGUAACAUAAAUAUACCAACACUUUACACCAUCGUUGCCAAAUACAAGAAAUUUAUCCAAAAAUAUGCAACUGAAAGUCAAAUUUGCAGUUUGUAAAUCAUGUUAAUUUAGUUUAACAAUCAAGUUUAAUAAAACGAACAAUUUU